AUGCAGCACCUUUUGACAACAUCAUCGGAGAAGCUCAGUUUUUCAGACUGCCAGAUAGUGGGGAUGAGGGCAUUUUGUGGCUAUUUGAGUGUACCAUGUCCAGACAACUUCACGUUGGAACCGGUGAACUCUGUAGCCGCCCUCCUCCACUGGAAGGUUUUGUUGCUGAUAGCUGCCCGGAUCCCUGCUACCGAGCGAGAGUAUUGGAGGACGUUAUUUUCUGCCCCUGAGGAAGUGGGAACCCGAACCCCUCGGGCGUUUGAUGCUCACUUCCAUAUUGACCGCACCCUGAAGGCCAUGGCAUUACGACUGGACUCUACGUUCCAGUCCGUGUUGGAUGGUACCAGGAUGGACAAGGGAAAGGAGGUAAUCGUCGCCGGGACUUGUGCCUCUUUCUGCGACCCGGAGACUUAUCCAACCACGGAUAGUCUGAAGACCCUACCAGCGGAUAUGGAGGUCGCAGUAGGUGUACAUCCCAAGAAAAGAUACUCAAGCUCGGAGUUGGAUCGCGUCAUCAGGAAGCUGAAUGACCUUGUACGACAACGCAGAGUGACAGCAGUUGGUGAAGUUGGUGUUGACCACUCCGUACCACCGGAGCAGUGGCCGCAGCAGUUAGUCAUUUUGGAGAAGAUUCUACCAUUGGUGGAGCCUCGACAUGUCUUGGUUCUCCAUUGUAGAGGGAUAUCCAGAGAUAGUGGAGCAGAAGCAUACCUCCUUCUUCUACACUAUGUAAAGAAGGCAGUGCCUGAAGACCAGCGGAUAUAUAUAUCUCCAUUGUUUCAAUGGUGA